AUGGAUGUAACCAAAUUGACGCCCAGUUGUGCACCAGGGCAUACCCUUCUUCCAGCAACAAAUGGAAGUAGUCGAAAAUCUUGUCCUUUCAAAUCGACAUCAUCCUCAAGGAACCUUCCUAGUCGGAAUUCUGAAGGGUUUUUUCACACAGCAGGGUCUCGUGCUACUGCACAUUUGAUCCCUUGGGUGACCAGACCAGAGCUCUCCCAUACCAAUGUCUUCUGCGGUCAUCCCACUAGGGGAGCCCAAUGGAAAUGGUGCAAGAGGUGGCCUAACAUGGAUGUAACCAAAUUGACGCCCAGUUGUGCACCAGGGCAUACCCUUCUUCCAGCAACAAAUGGAAGUAGUCGAAAAUCUUGUCCUUUCAAAUCGACAUCAUCCUCAAGGAACCUUCCUAGUCGGAAUUCUGAAGGGUUUUUUCACACAGCAAGGUCUCGUGCUACUGCACAUUUGAUCCCUUGGAAAGAAGAGUUGGAGUUGCAGACUAGAACAUCUCUAUGUUCGGCGUUGGGGCCCGAGUCGCUACCCCGUCUCCACCGUGUUGUCGCUAAACGGAACGCGGACCUUCCUCGGCGUCAUCUGGCCGUAGUUGUUACUCAGACUCUCCUGUACGAGAUAAGGGAGACUCGGUCACGAAAUCGAAAUCCUUUGCUCAGAUACACAUUUGAGCCGCCAAUCCGUCGCCAUUUCUUCUUCUUCACCCUCUUUGAGUUGGUGUUAAUGGACUGUAGACUUCUUUCUUUCAAUCAGAUCAGUGGUUUGGCUUGUAAUUUCCGAGCUAUUGCUGUUCAAAAAAGUAAUCCAUAUCGUCUGUCCUCUUUUACUCGGCCAGGUAACUAG